UAGAUCACCUUCGCUUGUUGCUGAAAUCCAUCCUUUAUAAAUACCAUUCUCUACAUACCAUUUUUCUUGAGUAUAGAAGCAAAGAAUUCAAUUAGACAGACGAAAAACAGGUUGAUAACAUUAACUAAUAGAGAAAGAAGAUGUCGGAUUGGGGUCCGGUGUUUGUGGCGGUGGUGCUGUUUGUGCUGUUAACACCAGGAUUGCUGAUUCAAGCACCAGGUCGUAACCGAUUUGUUGAGUUUGGCAACUUUCAAACCAGUGGGGUGUCCAUACUGGUUCACUCAGUUGUCUACUUCGCCCUCAUGUGCAUUUUCUUAUUAGCCAUUGGAGUCCAUAUGUAUAUGGGUUCCUAGUAAGCCAUUAUCUAGUCUUAUUAAACUUUUUGCUUGGUGCUUCUGUACUAUAUUAUGAUGUGAUCUGAUGCAUCAUCUAUUUUGAGAGGUCAACUGUUAUUACUAAUUGCCUUUUGUUUUUUUCACUUGUGUGAGAUGUAUGAUUGAUGAAACUUAAACCAACAAUGAUACUCACUAUGUGAUGUUGACUCC